GCGGGGCUGACUCAGGCCCAGGAUCCUGCCACUCGCUUGGCCAGCUGUGGCGAGAGGGCGUGGCCAGGCAGGGAUCCUGCCACUCCCUUGGCCAGCUGUGGCGAGAGGGCGUGGCCAGGCAGGGAUCCUGCCACUCCCUUGGCCAGCGGUGGAGAGAGGGCGUGGCCAGGAGGGAGCCUGCCAGUUGAUUGGCCAACAACUAAGGGGCGUGGCUUGAGGAAGCGUCUCAGUUCGGAGAGGUGGGAGGGAGCAGGUUUUACAACAUGCCUUAUGAUCCGAUUGGUCGGGGGGCGCGCGACCUGCUCGGCCCCUGAUUGGCGAGGGGGCAGGGCCUGAGGCGGAAGCGGCUCGACUGUGAUUGGCUGGAGGUGGGGCCGGGGGCGUCUCAUGGCGGCUUCCGCGUGGUCCGAGCGGGUCCAGGAGCUGCUGAAGCGGAUGAACAAUUUCCACGAGCACGGCUCAUCCCGGGACCAGUGCCUGCCCUUCCUGGUGGCGGGGCAGCGCGUGGGCUCUGUGCCCGCCCUGGUUGCCCAGCGGCUCCAGGGCUACCCAGCUGUGUUCACCGUGUGCCCCGAGCCCAGGCGUGUCAAGCUCCACCCACAGCUGGCGUCCCAUGAGCAGCGCACGGCCGCCAUGGGGCAGGUGCUCACGGAGUUGCGGGACCUGGGGGCUUUCCCCUGCCUGUGUGAAUGGAGAGACGAGCACUAUGAGGUGAUGCCCCGGUUCUGCGACCCGCCUCUCUUCAGCAUGGAGCGCGUGGCCACCGCACUGCUGGGGGUUCGCUGCUACGGCACCCACCUGAACGGCUACACCUGGCACGGGGGCUGCCCCUGCAUGUGGCUGGGCCGCCGCGCCCCCACCAAGCCCACCUACCCCGGCCGGCUGGACAACCUGGCGGCAGGGGGCAGCGCGGCGGGGCUGGGGGUGAUGGAGACGCUGGUGAAGGAGUGCCAGGAGGAGGCCUGCAUCCCUCCCACGCUGGCAGCGCAGGCACGGCCCGUGGGCACCAUCAGGUCAGCGUCACCCUGUGGCCAGGAAGGGGAAACGUAUCUGCAGGGUGCUGAGCCCAGCUCCAUAGGGGCAGCGGGGGGGAACCAGGCAGGGUCCAAUUGGGCACCGCUCCCCCACCAACUGACCCCACCAACUGACCUGGAGCUGCCCGAGGACUUCGAGCCCCACGUGGGCGACGGCGAAAUGCAGGAGUUUUACCUGUGGGGCCUAGACGAGGUGAAAAACGCCAUCGCGUCAGGAGACUUCAAACCCAACUGUGCGCUGGUCGCCCUGGAUUUCCUCAUCUGGCACAGCCACAUCCAGCCCCACCACGAGCCCAACUAUGCCGAGCUGGUCGAGGGGCUGCACCGGACCCUGUGAGAAGUCGCCGCACGUCUCCACUUCUGCUGCCCCCACGACAACGGCGCCAGGACACAGGGCCCAACCCUUCUCCACCGCACCCCCCGGCACCAGCCUGAAUAAAGCCUCCCCUCAGCUGCUGUGUGCACCUGGUUCUGGGGGGGCCACAGCUCACCCACCGCAGGCACCUGU